AUGGUCUUCAGGACUCUUCUAGGACUCGGAGUUGUUCUCGUCGAAGAGGUUCUUGAGUCGUUGGCAACAUCUAUCGACUUGGCUGAGGAAGCGACUGAAACCCACUACGAAAUGGAUCCGCCUAUGAAGCAGUUGGCACCUGGGAGCAGCGAGUACCGACUCUACGAGAAGAGGUUCAAUGACGGAUGGAUCGAUGGGGAUAAGAGUGCCAGUGUGACGCAGAUUUAUAUCACAGGCAAGGAUGACUUGCUCAACUCGGCCCGGGGGCAGCAGUUCGGUAGAGCUAUGAGACAAGAAGGCGGUGGGGGCUUUGGGACGCGCUUCCACGGGACGCAGCGCGCAUGCUACAUCGGCGAGAAUGGCGGCAGGUUAUUUACCUGUGACAAACCUGAGUGUUAUCUUUGCAGAGUCCUCGGAGAGUCCUUCAGGACUGAAUAUGCCCGCUCGCCGAAUUCUCCCAUCGGACCACUCUUCGGGCCCGGUAUCUACAGCUCCGUGGCGUCCUCAAAAGCCGACUGCUACGCCCGCAACCACAAAAUUCACUCCAAGAAACACGUUGUUCUCAUAUGCCGCGUCAUCACCAACCGGCCUCAGAUGUUGGCCUAUCCAGACACGACCCGGACCGGCCCCGAUCACGGAUUCAACUGUGUUGAGGCAGUGCUCAAGCCGCAGGGCGGUUCCGUCAACUACCCUGAGACGGUCGUUUAUCGCAAUGAUUACAUUGUGCCCGUCGGGUUGAUCAUCUACACGCGGGAAGGGUGGUCGUCGAGGACCUAG